UUGUCAAAUUCGAAUAGAUUAUGCUUUUGUAAAUUGUUCGUAGGAAAACAAAACAAAGUAUCACAAAAAUUAAAAUGGAUACUAUAGUUAAAGAAUUAGAUAUAAGUAGCAAAAACGUUUUCCCUACAAAUAAUCCAAAUUUGUUUGUGGUAAUUGUACAUAGCAACUGGUUGAAAAAAUGGUUAAAAAACUUGGAAGUGGAUAAUUCUGUGAAUAACAUUGAUAUCGCAUUACAACCAGGUGAAAGUGUUCCUUAUCCGUGGCGUAAAAUAUUUAUUAGGGUAAUAAAUAAAAAAUGUUCCAAGGUUUUACCAUUACCGAGGUACAAGCUUAACGAGAGCAAUCCAGAGUCGCCUCUGACUUUUUCCUACUUACUACAAUGUAUCUCACAAACAAAUCAAAGAAAUUUAUGGAAAGAAUCAUAUAAAAAAUAUUCACAAAACAAUGAGAGUAGUAAAGAGGCAGCUUUAGUUAAUCUCCUUGAGCAUGAUCAACUUUUAUCUGAGGUCAUCCUCAGACUGUAUGGUUGCAACAUAGUUAGGAUUAAAAAUGACAGCAAACUAAAUGAGUACAAAGAUGUAAUUCCUAACAAACAAAUUUCAAAAUCUUAUGAGACCCAUGUCAAUUUAUUAGCAGCUUUAAUCACUUUGGAAACCGAUAACAACUAUUUUAUAGUCUACAGAGGUCAUUAUGAAAAUAAUUUACUAGACAGUCUUAAUUUCAGUCCAAAUGUAAUUGAUAAAACUUAUGCCAGGGGUCUAUUUAUUGUAUAUCAGUUACUACACAUGUCUAAAGCAAUGUGUGAUAGGGGCCUCAGUGUAGGUACUCUGAGACUUCAAGAUAUUUAUUUAUCAGAGAAUCUCUGGUUGCAAAUUAUUCCUCCUAUAACAAACAAUAUAUUCUGUUUAGACAACUCUUUGAUAUAUGAAUACAAUAGGAAUAAAAGCCAACCUAUGAAUUUAAAAAAUGAUGAUGUAAGUUGGCAAAAGGAUGCAGCAAAACUGGAGCAAUUAUGUAUGCUGUGGACUAGAGGGAAAAUCUCCAACUUGGAUUAUCUUCUGCAAUUAAAUAUGUUAGCUGGAAGGAGCUCUAAUGAUCCACAGGCACAUUUCAUGGUACCUUGGGUUACGGACUUUAAUUCAAGAUGUGGCAGAAAUUGGAGGGAUCUAAGUAAAUCUAAAUACCGUCUGAACAAAGGUGACAGGCAGUUGGAUAUGACAUAUGAUGUGACAAGCGCCAAUGGUCAAAUACCACAUCAUGUGUCUGAUGCUUUGUCAGAUAUCACUUGCUAUGUGUACUUAGCAAGAAGAACACCAAAGGAGAUCCUUUGUAAAUACGUGCGAAACAAAUGGGUGCCCGCGGAAUACCCGGCCUCCAUACAGCGCAUGCAGGAGUGGACCCCCGAUGAGUGUAUACCUGAGUUCUAUACCGAUCCAACAGUCUUCAAGAGCAUACAUGAAGAUCUACCGGAUCUAGGUAUACCGUCGUGGGCUACUUGCGCUGAAGACUUCAUAACUAAGCACAGGGAAGCGUUGGAGAGCUCUCACGUGUCUGAAAACUUACAUCACUGGAUCGAUAUUACUUUCGGUUACAAGUUAUCAGGUACAGCAGCAGUGAAAGCGAAGAAUGUCUGCCUGUCGCUGGUAGACGGGCACUGCAGCGUGCGGCGCGGCGGCGCGGUGCAGCUGUUCAGCGCGCCGCACCCCGCGCGGAGAGCGCGCGCGCCCCCGCCCGCUCCUAUACGCAUGCGUUGGACCACCCCCAAUGCUAAAAAAAUCAUCAAAAACGAUAGUUCAGAAGACAUAACAGAGGAAGAAGAGGAAUCGAAUAGUCUGCCUCAGCACGUGUCUCGUCUACAAGUGCCGUCACAACGCGUCCGAUCACGACACAAGAGCAGCAGCCGAGCUCGCUCACUGUCCAAAGCCCAAGAUGGCGGCGAUGACGUCAUUACGGAAAAUAGAGCCUCCUCACAUUCCAGACAUUACAAAGUACAGCGCUCAGAACUAGGCAAAGGAGUUAUAUAUUUACCGAAAGAAUUCAAUCCCGCUGCAUCUAUCCAAGCUUUAGAAGUCUUGGAUAAUUUUAGAACAAAAUGUUUCUUCGCUAAAGCGGAAGAUAGGAACAGAACAGAGGAAAAUACCCGUAAAUUAAAUUUGUUUCAACAGCAAAAAGACGUAAAGGAAAAUGCCAAUGGACUCAAGGAGAAAACUGACGAUACAGCAUUCACUAACCAUAUGUUCUACGCGUCUUUCGAUCAAGCGUACUUGAAGAAGUUCAGCCAGGAUGCACAUAUAGACGGUAUAAAAGAGAGGAAGAACAGAAUGUUCAACACGAGGUAUACCACAGAUGCGGCGAUAUACAAGCAGUUUGUGACAGAAAGUCGACAACAAGACAUGUUAGUUAUCGGAUGUCUGAUUGUGGAAAUUUUCUUGCACUCUUACAUGCGACCAUUGAGGACAAACAACGAUGAUUUCGUCGAAAGAUACAACAGUUGUCGAACUGUAUUGAAAUACAAUUUCAAUUCGUUACCGAAAUGCGUCAGUUAUAUAGCCUCGUUACUUUUAAACGUUCAACCUUUAAGCCUCACCUUCAAGAAUGAUCUAAUACCCUUAGUAGAUACAAAAGGUGCGGUUGUGACAGACAAAGGUUUACCCUCUCCUACCCCCGCGCAGUUACUCCAACCUUUACUUAUGCAGCAUUUAAUACCUUUCCCGCAAAGUUUUAACAUCUUAUACAAUCUUGUAAGUACGUUACAUGAGUACGAACUCACAAGCAACGAACUCAACUUGCUGUACAUGUACGAAUGUGAUGGAAUACAAUGCGAGAAAUAUAAAAAUGUCGAUAAAACAAAACUGUAUUUCAAUCAACGGAUCGCUGAAGGAAAAAUUAAAACCUGUAUAACACAUUUGGGAGUUCUCCUCGAGCAGAUAAACGGCGUCAAUCAACUCGAUGUUCUCGACAUUUUCUUAUCACAUUACAUCGAGUUACUGGAAAAUAAAAACACAUCUGUUUUAGCAGCUUGGUAUCUCUUCGACACUGUUAGCAAAGCUUUAGGACCAGCAGAGACACGGAAAAAACUAUUAAAACACAUCCUAAAUUUGUACGAAGAUGAUGAUUAUCUUUUUGAUAAAUCAGAACAACAUAAAUUAACUGAAGUAGAUUCUCUAACAAACGGAACUGUACAAACGAAACACAAAUUCGUGAAACUUUACCAUCAUAUAUUUCUUUUGCAAUUGAUAGUGAGGUUAGGACUUCAAUGUUUUCUGGACAAUUUUACGCAGCAUCUAGUUGAAGCUGUGGGAGGAUAUAAGGACGUUUGUACGGAAAUAGGGUCACCAGGCCACCUGUGUUAUAAUCGUUCGAUGGCUAAUAAGAAACCGCGCUACUCCGAUGACAAUGUCAAGAAUGCUCUAACGACCACAUCCGAUAUAUUUUCACCGGAUACUUCGUAUGGAUCAGAAAAUGUCGUCACACCAAACAUUGAAAGAACUAUAGCAGAGGUUAAUGAAGUCUUGAAAGAAAAGGACGUUGAUAGCAGAAGUGAAAAUGAGCUGUUCCAUUUUGAAAAUGACAAAGAGAGACAGCCGAGUAGGAGUAGCAGAAGUAAAUCUCCUACAGGCUCCGUUGACUCCAAUACUAACAAAGAACAAAACACACUACAAACCCCGUCUCCUUCUUCCGAGUACUUCUCGCCUGGGAAUUCUAGAUUCUUCACUCCAAACAUUUCAAAUCAUAAAGAGCCUAAUCAAGUAGGUAAGGAUGAAAGUCGCGAAUCUUCGGAAGCACCAGUAAAAACGUGUACAUCACCACCAAUGGAAGUUCCCCAGCGACCUAUGUUCACAAGUUACUUGCAUUUCGCUGAAGAAGAUUCUAAAUCGGAAGAAGUUGAUUUGGAAAAUCAAUCACAAACAGAGGAAAAGGUUGAAGAUUCGAGCGCGGAGACACAAAAGAUGCAAGAGGAAGACGAUGCUAAAGUUUAUGAUGAAACACCGUCUUGUAAAAUAUCAGAUAUGAGUUCAGAGAGUUUGAUAUGGCUGGCGCAUAGACUGGGACCAGUGCUUACUUGUAGAUACAUCACUAGGAAUUUGCUCAAAAUGCUCACACUUUGCUAUAUCGGUAAAGAAAACCUCUCACCUUGGGAGAGUGACCAGAGAGAUGAAUUCGAUGAAAUUUCAGUCGUGAACAGUAAAGUCGUUGGAGACAGGAAUGCUAUGAAAGUUAUUGAGUGUCUUACAUCGAUUGUUGCGAUGUACGGCGAGCAGCUGAUAAUGUUCCAGUAUCUACCGCAUAUGGGGGAGCUGAUCGCGUCGUGCCGGCGGCGGCUGUCGGCGCCGCUGGAGGGCGGCUGCGUCGCCUGUCUGCAGCUGCUCAAGCACCUGCUGCCGUAUAUGUCCGAUGUUAAGGUCAUGGAACAGCUCCAGGAUACGUUUCUAAAAUCGAUCCUACAACCGGCUCUUCGUCUUGCAUCGACCACUCGUUGCGCGUAUCCGAGCGGGGCAGCGGCGCGCGGCGCACUCGCCCGCAAGCUGGCGGACGCGCUGCACGCGCUGGCUCUACGCGUCGGCCCCGAGAUGAGCCGCCGGCAUCUCUGCGUGCCCGCGCUGCAGAGAUUCUUUUUAGCCUUCGAUAAAGCAACUGGAAAAGUUGACAACUGGCCGAAACAAGACGAAGUCAAUGGUGAUAAGAGUUUGGAGCAGGACGGUCGCGAGGGCAAGGUGGAGGGUUUCCUGGAGAUCUGCCGCGACGGCAGCACGGCGGAGUGGGCGGUGCGCGACGGGCGCGUGGUGCGCGCGGACCUGCCCGAGCUGGCCUGCUCGCCGCCGGACCUCGCGCCGGACGAACAUGACGCUAAUGGACUUACGGCUCAGGAGGAGCUCCUGGUGGUAUUCAAUGAGGAGCUGGCGUACCGAGUGCAUAGCACUUUUGCUCGCUUCCUCGGUACGGAGUGCCUCGAGCGCGCGCUCAAGAACGCGGACACUGUGCGCUCACUUGCCAACAGUUAUAAACAACUACACGCUAUCAGUUCCCCCCUCCAUAUAAACCAGCAAGGGAAACGCUUCCAAUCAUCAUUCAGUGAUGAACCGAUCAGUCGCAAGGCUCUCACUCCAACAAGAAGUGAUAUCUCCGACAAUGGUAACUUCGAUGAACAAGGUUGCGGGUUUGAUGCUGUCGCCUACAAAAUGGCUAACGGCGUGAAGAGUGAAAGACAUCUCCGCGGUGAUUGGUUGAUAUACUGGGAGCACGAGAUCGGUCGGCCGGACAAAGACGCCCGCUUCAACUUGAAGCAGAUCAAGUUGCAGACGUUCCUUGGACACACGCACUCCGUCAAGUCUAUACAUUGUCUGGAUAAUGAGAACAGUUUCAUGAGUGGCUCUAAGGAUAAGACUGUGAAACUAUGGUCUUUGAGGAAUCAGGGCGAUGGUAAUGCGACUAGUCAAUGCAACUGGACGUACUCGGGCCACAAGAAGGGCGUGCUGUCGCUGACGUUCCUGGAGUCGCUGCGGCUGGCCGUGUCCACCGACUCCGUAGUCCACAUCUGGGACCCCUUCAUGGAGACUGUAGUGUCGCAGUUGGACAACAUGAAGUCAGCAGUGAGCAUAGUGCGCACGCUGCCGGGGCCCUCCGCGGUGGUGGUGGCGGCCACCACGGACGCCACGCUCCGCCUCAUCGACGCUAGGGCUCCUUACUCCUCCUACGAACUUAAGCUAGCUACAAGCGCGACGACGUUCAUCCGCUGCAUGUGUAUCUGUGCGUCGGGCGCGUGGGUGGCGUGCGGGCUGGCCGGCGGACACGUCGCCGUGCUCGACACGCGCACCGCGCGGCCCCUCGCCGCCUGGCGCGCGCAUGACGCUGAGGUUCUUCGCUUAGCCGCUGUGGAUGACCAUAGACUAUUAAGUUCAGGACUAGACCAAGUGACUGCGCUUUGGCGGGUCGAUGACGGCGAGUUGAUAGCGCAUCUCAAGGGCAGUACGGAGCCCGUGCAUUGUCUCUCCGUUUACUACAACGAGUUGAUAUCUGGAACAACCAAUAACCGUAUCGGAGUUCAUACGUCGUUGGACCAAGACGCCUCAUUCUCCUCCACCAAACUGCGCUCCGACACAUUCAAAGGAGUUCUGACGUGUAUGUCAGUGUUGCCAUUAAACAGACUCCUACUAUUAGGUAGCGAUAAUGGAAAUAUUAGUUUACUUUGCUGAUGGUAAAAAAAAAAUUUUUUUUUUUUAAUUAAGAGUAUCAACUCGAGCAGGUCUCGUUUUGUCACGUCAAUAUUUUUAUGUAAUGAAUGAAAUGCUUAAAAAACGCUUUUUUAUGGAAAUUUCUAGAAACCUGAUCAUAGAUUAAUUUUAUAUUGAAAAUGCAAUUAAUUUUUUUAAAGAUACUUGACAAUGACA